AUGUACAAGCUGCAGUACAUGAUUCUCAUUCCAACUAAACACGAUAUCAGAUCAACCGGCGCGAUGGGGCUCAAAAUUAAACGUUGUGGGGUCUAUCCCAAAGAAGUUCUUAGAGUCAGGGAUACUAUUUCUCCUGAGCCCUCAAACACCCUGUUUGAGCAUUUUAUCAUGGCCCUACUACCGGUACUAGUGAUCCGGAGAGUUGGAUGA